AUGAGAUGUGAGAUGAAAUGUGUACUUGUGCUCGAACACCUAUCUGACCGAUUGGGUUCGAUGGGUGGAGGUGUAUCCAAGAGAGAGUUUGAUCGCAUCACCAAGGAGCUGAUAAUAAAGGAUCAGGUCAUUCGCACAUUGCAGGAACGACUGGCUAAUGGUAGUCUCGAAUCGUUUUCUAAUGAUGCGGCUGAUGCUCAUGGGAUGUCAUCAAUGAUGCGAAAGAAGGACGAUAGACGUGUGUCGCUUGCUGAAUUAGUGCCAGGGCCUCUUUCACAAAGACUUGACAGCGUGAACACAUUUCAUUAUGAAGCAAAGGAAGCGUUGUACGAAGGUACUACUCAAUCAAAGUUGGACGCAAGGAGUCACAAUGGUUUACGUGAUGACGAAAAAGUUUCCUCAGGACAACAUGACUUGAUUUUUUCCGAUGGCAAAUCGCGUCGUGCCGAAGUGAGUGCAGAUGUGAUGCCAAGUCGUAAAAUUAUGGCUACAAAUGAGCGCGUGGUAUAUCCAAAAGGAGAAAAGUCUAGGCAACUUUUACUCACGAUUUUGCAGUCAAACGUUCUGUUUCAAGGUCAGUCUCAUGGAGCGCAAGGAGAUAACUUUUAUGCAGUCGAGACCGGACAACUUGAAAUUUUAGUAUCUACAGGCGAUGCCCCGCCGAUUCGGUAUGGUUUUUUAGGGCCAGGUCUUGGGUUUGGAGAACUAGCACUACUGUACAAUAUGCCGCGAGCUGCCACGAUUCGGGCUGUGACUGAAGCGGACCUUUGGGCUAUUGAACGUAACACUUUUCGUGAAAUUCUGGCUUCACACAAACUUAAUCGUCUCAACCGGACACUUCAGGUGUUACAGAAGAUAGAACUUUUAAACAAACUAACAAUGUCUGAAUUGCAGCAUGUUGCGGCCGCAAUGGACUGGGAAGAGUUUGAGGAGAAUGCUGUUAUUGUACGACAGGGAGAAGUGGGCGAGAAGUUCUACAUCAUCAAUAAAGGUGAGAUCGUUGUCAAGCAAGUGGACGUGAAUACCGGAGUGGAUAAUGUAAUAAGGAAGUUAAAAGCUGGUGACCACUUUGGGGAAAUGGCUCUUUUUCGAGAUGAAAUGAGAUCGGCAACCUGCAUUGCGACGACAAGAGUACAAUGUAUCACGCUUGAACGCGCUCAUUUUAUUGCAAUGCUAGGCACUCUUCAAGAGCUGAUGGAUCGAGAACCAGUCUGCUUGGAAAGCUGUGAUCAGGCUGAUAAAAGAACAAUUACUGAAGAGUUACAUGAAGCCGCUGAGUACAAGUACUACAAAUCAAUUUCACGAGAUGAGCUAGAGGUAUUGCAAACACUGGGACGAGGGGCAUUCGGACGGGUGCGACUUGUGCGUCACGCAGCUUCAAAUCGCGCCUAUGCACUUAAGUGCUUGAUAAAGUCACACAUCGUUAUGAACAAUUUGAAAGAGCAUGUCCUUAACGAAAAGCUGGUGAUGCUUUCACUAGAUCAUCCCUUCAUUUUAAAGUUGUACUCAACGUUCAAAGACCAGACACACAUUUAUUUCUUGAUAGAGUUGGCGCUUGGAGGAGAACUUUUCACAUAUUUACGACGAACAGACCACUUUAAAGAAUCUGUAGCGCGGUUCUACAUUGCCAGUGUCGUGCUUGUCUUUCAACACAUGCACUCAAAGAGCAUCAUCUAUCGUGAUUUGAAGCCUGAAAACAUUUUAUUAGAUAACCAAGGUUAUAUGAAACUUGCUGACUUUGGACUAGCUAAAGUUGUGACGGACCGCACUUGGACGUUGUGUGGUACACCGGAUUACCUCGCGCCCGAGAUUAUCUUGAACAAAGGUCACGAUAAGGCAGUUGACUACUGGGCUUUAGGUAUCCUCAUUUUCGAGCUCAUGACGGGUUCUGCCCCAUUUUGUGCACGAGACCCAAUGCAAACGUAUACUCUGAUUAUUCAAGGAAACGUCAAAUUUCCGACCUUUACCAGCCGAACUUGUGUGGACCUUGUACAAAAAUUACUAUGUCAAAACCCAGCACGACGACUUGGUAAUAUGAAGCAUGGAAUGGAUGAUAUCAUAAAUCACCGCUGGUUCUCAAAAUUUGACUGGGACGGAUUGGCGUCUAAAAGCAUGAAGCCACCUAUUAUACCACAGGUCCUCGACGAUUUUGACACGUCAAAUUUCGAGGACUUUCGCAACGAAGUUGAAGAUCCAGGCGGCGAGUGUGAUUGGGAUCCGGACUUUUAA